UGUCCUCAGCCAGCGAGGUGCAUGACAACGCCUCACUCCCAUCUCCAACUUUUGUGUGGGGUUGCCGGGAGCCGCGGGUUCUUUCACACAUCACCAUCGCGCGGGCAGGCUACCACGCUAAUUGGCCCUGCUGGAGAGACAGCCUCCGCUCUUUUGUCUCCAGCGUCACCCGCUAAAGCAAGCCCAGAAGCACUUCCCCAGACAUUACUUCCCUUCCAUUCAUCCCACUUUCACACCAUCUACGUGAAUCUGUAGGGGGGACUCAUCUUGACCCGUUUGUUUUCUUUGGGUCAAUUGCUUUUGUUUGUUUGUUUAUUUGUUUGUUUAUUAUAAAGGGGGAAUUUUCGACACCAGAGACUGGAUUGGUAAAACAACAACAGACCCAAAUCUGAAGAUGCCCGGCACAUCGCGCAUGCCGGUUAGCCUGCGGGAGGGCUUCAACAAUGUGAGGAAUCGGUCGAGGGCGGGGAGCCCGUUGGCGUUGGGGAUGUUGAACUUGGAUUUAGCCCGCAACCUAAUCUUCUUCCUCUUCGUCCUCCGCUGGACCCGUCGCGUUCUAUGGAAACUCAAAGGCCGCGGCCUCAUCGGCACCAUCGUCGAGCUUUACGUCGACCUCCGCCGCAUUCUGUACGGUUACUUCCUCCGGAUGCCCGGCGUGCGAAACCAAGUCAAGAAACAGGUCGAUGAAGCAGUGGGAAAACUCCAGACAAAACUCGUACCGCUCAAUGCGACUCGCUAUCUCAUGCUGCCGAAAGAAGGAUGGGACCAGGAUGCCGUUCGGAAGGAGUUGCAGACGCUGGCGGAUAUGGACCACACUCGCUGGGAGGACGGGUUUGUUUCGGGCGCGGUCUAUCAUGGCGAGGAUGAGCUGCUGAAGCUGCAGACGGAGGCGUAUGGGAAGUUUACCGUGGCCAAUCCUAUUCAUCCGGAUGUUUUCCCCGGGGUGAGGAAGAUGGAGGCCGAGGUGGUGGCGAUGGUGCUGGGGCUGUUUAACGCGCCUGCUGGGGCGGCGGGUGUGAGCACCAGUGGAGGGACAGAGUCGAUUUUGAUGGCUUGUUUGAGUGCGAGGCAGAAGGCAUACGUCGAGAGGGGUGUUACUGAGCCUGAGAUGAUCCUCCCCGAAACAGCCCACGUCGCCUUCCGCAAGGCAGGUCUCUACUUCAAGAUCAAAACCCACCUGGUUGCCUGCCCAGCACCAACCUACCAAGCCGACACCCGCGCCAUCGCCCGGCUCAUCAACUCCAACACUAUUCUCCUGGUCGGGUCAGCCCCCAACUUCCCACACGGCAUCAUCGACGACAUCGCCGCCCUGUCCAAACUGGCAGUCAAAAAGUCUGUUCCCCUGCACGUCGACUGCUGCCUUGGCAGCUUUCUGGUGCCGUUCCUCUCCCGAGCGGGGUUCGAAACCCAGCCAUUCGACUUUAGACUCAAGGGCGUGACGUCCAUCUCUUGCGACACGCACAAGUACGGGUUCGCGCCCAAGGGGAACAGCACCGUCCUCUACCGGACGCAGCAGCUCAGGAGUUACCAGUACUACGUCGAUCCAGCCUGGUCGGGCGGUGUGUACGCCUCCCCUGGCAUCGCCGGCUCCCGUCCUGGCGCCCUCAUUGCGGGGUGCUGGGCUAGUUUGAUGUCGACCGGUGAGGACGGGUAUCUCCAAUCGUGCAUUGAAAUUGUUGGCGCGACUAAAAAACUUAUCGCUCACAUCACUACCACGUCUCCUGUUCUGGCGCAAGAGCUGGAGAUCUUGGGCAACCCGUUGGUGUCAGUUAUUGCGUUUAAGAGCAAGACGCUGAAUAUUUAUGACAUUGCCGACGGGAUGUCGGCCAAGGGGUGGCAUUUGAAUGCGCUGCAGAACCCGCCUGCUAUUCAUGUCGCGCUCACGCUGCCGAUUGUGAAAGUGUGGGAGAAGCUCGCAGCGGAUCUGGAGGCGGUGGUGGAGCAGGAGAAGGAAAAGGAACGGGCGAGGGUGGCGGAGGGGAAGGGGGCAAAGGGGAAGGAGGUGGGGGAUAGCGCUGCGCUUUAUGGGGUUGCGGGGAGCCUGCCGAACAAGAGUGUUGUUGUCGAGUUGGCGAGGGGUUUUUUGGAUAUUCUUUACAAGGCUUAGAGUCAGAGAGAGAGAGGGGGGGGGGUUAUGAUAAUGGGGGGAAGGAAAGCGAUAGAUUGCAAGCGAACCAGGUUGGGUUGUGUUUAUGAUUUGGGAGGUGUUUCUCUUGAGGUGAAGAGUCCAUGUUUUUGAACCAAGCCAGGCAUGGAAUUGAUACAUAUUAAAAUUCCACUCAUCGCAUUUUUGUCAUGUAAGAAUCGUGGAAAUAUUUCUUGUUCAUAUUUCCAUAUAUUCCUUCCUUUACUAUACCUUGCUACUACUCCUUGCCAACUUUGGGAUCCAACUUUGUUUCAAUGACCAUAAGAUAAAAAAGGGGUAUUCUACUACUCUCUCUUGCCUCUCUCUCUUUCCGACUUCAAACUUUGAAACUUCCCGUCACUCUCUCACCCUUUUAGUGAGUCAUUCCAGCGAGUGACUCUUCCCCCCUCAAUGAAACUUUCGACAAAAGAGACACUCCCCCCCCCUUUUCACAAGACAAGGCGGACUUAAAUCAUAUUCUGCCCAUCCUUUCUCCCCCUUUGGCAUUGGUUUGCUGCUCUCAACUCCCCUUCCAUGCAUGCCAUAAAAAUAUAGCGUUUUGUGUGUGUGUGUGCGUGCGCGUGUGUUUGCGAUAACAUAUCCCACC